GAUAUUACAGUCAUCGAAUCAAUCAAGUCUGCCCCCAAGAAUACCCAGUUCGUGGACAUUGGAGAUGCCUUGUUAUCAACCGACGAUUUGGAAUGCCUUAUGAAAGAUGAUAUGUUCUUACAUGACGGUGUGAUAAAUGCUUACAUAUAUUGCAUGCUUGCUCACGACCAUCUACAAGACAGAGCGGGUGAAAAGGUACACAUUGUUAGCACGUUUGUAUCUGGCCAGAUAAAAGAAGACGGGGAAAGAGACAUAGACCCAUCAAAAUAUCACCACAUCGUGCAUCAUGUUAAUACUUAUCUACAGCAAGACAUGGUUAGUUUUUGUCUCGUUAUCCAUGCAUAUAAUUAUAUAUUGUUUUUAUUAAUUCAUAUGUAUAAUGAUUUAUUAAUAUUUAUAUCUAAUUGCGACCGUGACUUGUAUGAUAUUUACACCAGUUAUUCAUUCCGAUUAACAUACCGGGCUACCAUUGGUAUCUAGCAGUCUUCAAUGCCAAAAAACGUGAGAUUCAAGUAUUUUGGACUCACUUGGUUCUCGGGUCAAACGCAAUGACCUUGCUACUACGGUAACUAUCUAUUAUUUUUAUUCAUCUUAACAUAUGUUUUUGUUUGCCUUGAUCCCUACUAUUUCUUAUAUAUAAAAUAGUUACUAGGACUCGAGAAGUGUCUGAAACUUGUAGAGCAUAAACCGGAUUUUAUCAGAGGUCAUAAGUGGCCCGAUCUGAAUGUUACAAAAUGGACAGUUGUAGAGCAGUUUCAUGAGGCAAUACAAACCGAUGGCGUAUCAUGUGGACUGUUUAUGCUAAAUUAUAUGGAAUACUGGACAUCACAUGCACUGUCAGACCAAUUCACCCAGGAGGAUAUGAAACAUUUUCGACAAAAAUUAGCUGUCAUUUUGCUCAAUUCAGAGCUGAAUAAGCUAAAAGGAGGUCCCAUAUACCAUCAACCUGACGAUCAAGAAACUUUAGCUAAUUCUGAUCUCAAUAUAUUGGACAAUCCAUCUGACGUAGUUAAAGACAAACGUCCUGCACCAAUCACUAUCAUACCCACGGACCAACGUGAAUUACUUGCCGGCCUCUGCAACUACAUCAUGUCGAUCGAUGAUGCCGGUUGUUUGGAGAAGGUAUGGGUCCGGAGCUCGACACCCGAUCCAAUGGGCUUAAGUCUUAAUAAACUUCAGUGCAUACUUAACAUAGAGCAGCCCAUGGACAAUGAUUGCUUCAACACAGCCGUGCGUAUGCUGGCAUGUGACGAGGGAGUAUUGUUCACAUACCCUCCUGUGCACUACAUGGAUCUACGAUUUUGUUCCAUGAUGCUAGAGUCAACACGAGGUCAGAAGUUUUGCGAGAAGGAAACUAUCCAGACGUUGGCAACAUUAUUUGAUAGCUGGCCUGGGAUGGACAACGACAUCUCAUCGUGCAACAAGAUUUAUCUUCCCUAUGCAUCCAUCGGCCGAUACAUCUUGUACGUCAUCGAGAAAGAGGCACGUCGUCUAUAUAUUCUGGAUCCUAUUCAAACAUCACAAUCGAAUGUGCCUGGCUAUUUUGUUUUUCAUUUUAUGCUCUGGUGGAACGGUAAAGAAUUGGUCAAGCCGAUUUGCAGGGAUGGGUAUGAAUUGAGGAAGCAAUUUUUAUUACACUUGCUAAAACAUCGUGGGAAUGAAGCUAAAGGAAACUUUCUUGAUAUUGUGAAAGAAUUACUUAAGCGCAUCAUCUAG